UGACUCUUCUUCCUUGUCAGUCUUGCCAGCAAGUACAGAGCAUCCAGCACUCCGACGAGGAAGCCUAUUCGCUGCAGUCCUGACUCCCGACAUGGCGCAAAAGCUCCGACAACUCUUGUAUCCGUACAGCAUCGCAACCAUGAUCCCUGAAUAUGAAGGUGAUCGGUUUUACCUUCGAGCGCAGAACUUCGUCAGCAAAUGGCGCAAGCAACUCAUAGCCCUCGGCGUUGUUAACACGGCUAUAUUUGCUCUUGUCCUCCUGAUUUACAUGGUUGAGUACACCAAAGAUGGCAGUAGCCUCGAUCCCUCCAGCCUUGAGUUUGCUCUGUACAAGAACACCUUCUACGGCCCUUGCAAUCAAACAUCGGAGAGCUGCGAGAUCGACCGCCCGAACACGCUGUCGGGCUCAGACGGGGAUAUCUUGUACUGGAAUGGCAAUAUUGCCCGCGAAAGCUUCUGUCCAUGCUUUUCGGACGCGAAGAUUGUCCCUUCGACACCGAGACAGUCGGCAUUUGGGUACAACGGGCUGUUCAUCUGGUUGACGCAAACCAUCACUCUUGCUACGGGGCUUUGGACACUGCUCACCCGAGUCAUGGACGAGGAAUUCAUGGCCGAGGAAGAAUACCCACCACACGACGCCAAGGUUUCGAUAGACACGUGGGCGUUUCUCGUUUUCGACACCGUUCAGUACAUCAUGUGGUGGUAUGGAUUCAUCACUUUGGCCCGGAACCCCGCCUACAAAGCACCGGUUGCACUGCUGUCUUGGAUCACGCCGUGGCGCUAUCUCUACUCCCUCGCAGUGCCCCCACUCGCCUCCCGUCUGCCCAGUUCCGCAUGGCUGUGGCUUGCUGCGUUUUUGGCUACCAUUCAGUGGAUCGCGUCGGCCGUGACGGCCAGCCUCACCAAGACCGUUGGGCUUGCAACUGUUCACGCGGAGCCUAGUUUCGUCCGUUACGACUUUGCCGAACAGUUCUGGGCCGCUUCAUCCGGAACGACGAAUUGCUCUGCCGGUGAUGUCGCUGCUCUAAUUGGACUGUUCACUAGUCCUGGAAGUCGAGCUGGCCGAUACUCCAGCGCCAAUACGGCGUAUUUGUUCUCCUUCGUGGCCAACUCGUUGGGUGCUUUCAUUGCUACAUACUUCUACCUGCGAUCUGGCGGAACAAGCCUCAGAGGUUUUGGAAUCACGCUUGGCUUCUUGGGUCUCAUGGACUACAUUACGAUGGCUAUUUCUAUCUCGCCUGACUCCGAGGCUGCGUCAACUGUCCUCUACCACGAAGCUUGCAAUCUCUUACAUAUCACUAUGAGUACAAACAAGGCAUACAUGGAUGUGUCGGGCUACUCAAAAGGAUGGCGUGCUGUGAAGGGGUGGUUCAAUGUUUAGGCUUGCGGCUCGGCCGAGCCACGCGACUGCGGAAUGGGACAGUGGAGGAAAACGUUCAAGUCCGGUUGCUAUGAA